AUGUCCCUUAACGCCAUCAUAGGUGCAUCGAUCUCAUCAGCUGUUUAUGAGCUGACCCAAGCUGAACGUCUGCCAAGCGACUGCCAAGAAGAUUUACGAGAGCCCCUUGCUUCCCCGAAUUAUUUCGAUCGUAUGCAUGACCGUUUCAAGUCUGUGAGUGGUGCGCUAUUUUACCCCGCAUCAUAUCAGCAUAUCGCGAGCAAAUCUAGUUACCUAGCUAAACGACAACAGACAGGAAGGCUUUCAAUUUCCAUUGUUAUUGAUCAUUCCACGUGGGGAACCGAACGGCAUUGGACUCCUGUCUCAGAAGAUGACAGCUUUUUUGUCUCAUUAGUUCAUAGUUUCGAGACCGUCCACCGUGUUUCCAAGCACUUCUUCGAGGAAAACUUGACCCCAAGUAUGGCUCACAACCCGAACCAGUUCAAAAGGGGUCCAGAUGGACCAUGGUUACUUGUCGAACUUCAUUUUCUUAGUGAGCAGCAUGCUUUUGGAUUGGUUUUGUUAACUUACCACAAUGCUGGGCAGGGUCAUAUCCAUAUUUAUACAUGGCUGGUAUCACGUCAUACGACAUGA